AUGAGUUCCGUUUAAACAGAAUUAGAUAAUUCAAAUUGUAACGGAAGAGGAUUGUAUUUUGAAUAAACUUGCCAAUGCGAUUUAGGCUAUUUUGGAGUGGAUUGCUCAUAAAAAUUAGAGGAACUUCAUGUUGCCUCUUAUUUUACAUUUAUCGGAUUGUUUCUGAUUCUUUUUAUGCUGCUACUAGUUUUCACCGUUUAACAACUUCAAAUAUCUCUAAAGACCAAUAAAAUCCCAACUUAUUAAAGAGGGUUGAGUUAUCUGAAGAAUUUUCUGGGUUCUCCAUUAAAUUGCAUUCUGUGUUUAACACUCCUAUUCAAUGUUUUAAAAAUCGUAUGGCUCAUAUUGGAUCCAUUCCAACCAUUUGAUGGCGACAAAAGGGUGUUUGAAAGAAUCCUCGCAGAAGUAGUGUACACAAUCCUGUUCUACAUCUAUGGAAUCUUAUUAAUGGUUUGGUACACCAUGUACGAUGAAAUCUCAUUCAAUGUUAUAGAAAGAAAUAACAAUUCGAAAUCUCAAUAAUUAUUUAGAGAUGAAUUAAAAAUUGAAACCAGAAAGUGGAUAUUCGUAUACUAUAAAGAUAUCAUGAAAAUAAGGCUCUUCUUUGUGUUUUUGAUACAAUUAACAAUCAGUACAUUAAAUGGUAACUCGAUUAUCUAAUUAGGAUUAAGAUUAAGUUAGUAAUAUAAAACUAUUCUUUACAUAGCAUAUGCAAUUUUACUGUUGAAUUUCAUUUCCUUCAUAUUUGAAUUCUUUCUCUAUGGAAAAUUGCUGAAUCAAUGCAUCGAAUCUCAAUUAAGGAAGUUGGACAGGGAUAGCAGGGAGAAGAACAUAGAAGAAGUGGAGAAGAAUAAUGAGGAUCAAUCCGCUCAGGGAAAUUAGCAGCAAUAAAUUAUAUUCUCAAAGAGUUCACUAGGAGUUCCAUAGGAUGAAUAACUUUAAUCCCCAGAGACUCAAGAUUAAUAAGUAUUGAGACUGAGUUCCUAGAGUGGAAGUGAGGACAACAAUGAAUAAGUGUCGACUUUGAGAGCUAUUGUCUCAAUUGAAAAAUUAAAUCUUUCCAAUAUUAAAAAGUCUGUCUCUUUUAAGAAACAACAGAAUUCAAUGAAUGAAAUACCAGAUCAACCAUUCAAAAUCAAAGUUGUUCAAAGUUCCUAUGAUUUAGAACCUAAUAAAGAUGUACAGAAGAAUCAUUUGAAAACAAUAGUGAGUGAAGAGUCAUAGAGUUCUAAAGAUGAGGGAGUAUUUCAUUAGAAAGUUAAUUCUUGUUUACUGAAUGAAGAUGACGAUACCAAUUAGGAGGAUGGAAAGUGGGACAUUGAUAAAAAUAGGUAGAAUAUUAGAAAGAUUAAGAAUAUGCAAAUAAAGAUUGUAGAGAAAACUAAAUAGUAAGUAAUUGAGACAAAGAAGUUUAAGAAGGCCACUCUAAAGAUUAAUAAUAGGGAGACUUUAUUCGAUCCUCAAGCCAAUGACGAACGGAAAACUAAGGUUUUAUCGGGAGAGGACUAUCAAUAAGAAAUAAUGGCAUAAUAGAAAUAAAUAAGAACAGCAAAUCUUAAUGCAGAUAAAAAAGUGAUCAUCAAAAUACAAAUUUUAAUUUAUGCAGGAGUAUUCUUGGAGAUUUGUUUCGGUUCAUUAUCUAUUGUGAUCCUGCUAACAGAUCUAUUAAAAACAGCUGCAGGAACUCUUUGUUAUUUAUAUAUCUCAGCUAUGUUGUAGUAUCUAUCUCUGAUUACUGUGUUGAAAUUGUUUAGAGAUGUGAGAAGCCAAGAAGUUUUGAAUCUAAUUUGGAUACAAAAGGUUGGUAAUGGCAAAAAUAAAAUCAAUCAAAAGUAUUUCUUUACAAUUCCACAAUAAUAAACCAAAAUAGAUGAUUCAAAGAAGAAAUUUGAAUAAAGAAUCAAUAUGCAUAUUAGAUGA